GGCAACGGGAGCGACACAGGACUGACGGAGGAGGAGGAGGAGAAGAAGAAGAGGACAGAAAACCUCGCUGACAGCAGCACAGCAUUGAGAACAUUUACAGCAAAAAUCAACUGUCAUGCAGUUUGAAUCAAAGCAGGAGCAACAUAUUGCCCCCAGUUGCAUUUGUUGCAGCAACUGAUGCUCUCUGGGGUUUGGAAACAAAGCAGUUCUGCAUCAGCACCUGCAGCUGAUGUCUCCUGGGCUUUGAAAGUCAGUUUGCAAUGCUUUUUGCAGGAGGACAUGACAACAACGCUGAGCAACAGAAAUGAAAAGCUUUGAUUCAGUUUGAAAGCAACACGUUUGAACCUGGGUGUCAAAAUCACCUCUACCGCCAGCGUCUCCUCCCUCCUUCCUUCCUGCGCCGGGGUCUGAAGAAGACCCUUCGAGCUGUGAAAGCACAAACAGGAGCAGGAUGUUAGAUUGACAUGCGGAGAGCAGAGUUCAGGGAGUUUUGCUGUGUUACAAAAAGCGUGAAGAAGCAGGACAGACAACAAUAACUCCAUCAGACUAUCACCUGGACUUCUGAGGACAACAAGGGAGGAACAGGAGGAUGUACACCAGCAUCUGCCUGAGAGGGGAAGCAAGAAACCAAGAACUAGAGCAGAAAUGAGAGAGAGAUUCAACUCUGCUACGUACAGCCAUAGAUAGAUUAGUUAAAAAAACAGUCUUUGCCUUUAGAAGGAUGUAUUCGCACCAGCAGAGCUUGCAUUCGGCCUGACGUACAGAGAAACACCCAACAUCUUUCUUUGCUGCAAGUACGGUUUUUGCACCGAUUUUACUCGGUGCGAGCAUCUCGGGGUUCUUGUUCGACUCUUCCUUUUCGGGGUCAGGUGGAUCUGCCGUGGGGGGCAGCUGACAGCCAUCCAAGACGCCGCGAGCCGUACUCCGCGUGAAGAAUGCCCAGCCGCGCUUGGCCAAGCCGGCCGACCCGGGCCCGACGGCGGGGCUCUACAUGGAAAGAUCGCAGAGCCGCAUCAGCCUGUCCGCAUCCUUCGAGGCCCUCGCCAUAUACUUCCCCUGCAUGAACUCCUUCGACGAGGACGAUGGGGUGGAUACGGAGGGCAGGAAGUUGAAGGGAGGCAUCCAGAGGAGCACGGAGACGGGUCUGGCUGUGGAGAUGCCAAGUCGGACCGUCCGCCAGGCCAGCCACGAGUCUAUAGAGGACAGCAUGAACAGCUACGGCUCCGAGGGAAAGUAA